UUGAGAGUGGGUGUUUUAGACCAAACAAAAAUGGCGGCGCCCUAUAAGUUGCGUUGUAAUAUUCUUGGUCAUGAAAAAGAUGUCCGUUCUGUUGCUCCGUCUAUUAUUCCUGACAGCGGUAUUGUAUCCGGUUCCAGAGAUAUGACAGCACGCAUAUGGACUCCUAAUGGCAAAACACAAGGGUUCACAGAAGGUCAUGUUAUGGGUGGACAUAGUAACUUUGUAGCUAGUGUGUGCGUCAUGCCUCCCGAUGACACCUACCCUAAUGGCAUCGUUUACACAGGAAGCAAUGACUCGUCAAUUCUGGCAUUCACUUUGGACUCCACUCAGCCAAUUGCUAAACUAACGGGACAUACAAGCACUGUUUGUGCUUUGGCAGUUGGGAAGUUUAGCUUUCUUGUGAGUGGAUCCUGGGAUAUGACUGCUAAAGUAUGGUUGAAACACAAGUGUGUUAUGACUUUAAAAGGUCAUGAGGCAGCUGUAUGGGCUGUAGCAGUGAUGUCUGAACAAGGCAUUAUGUUAACUGGAUCCGCAGACAGGACUAUUAAACUUUUUAAAGCAGGAAAAUGUGAAAAGACAUUCACAGGUCACGACGACUGUGUGCGCGGACUGGCUGUGCUGCAGGAUGGUGAGUUCCUGUCAUGCUCCAACGACGCCACAGUGAAGCACUGGCUGCUGUCCGGGGAUUGUAUACACACAUACUAUGGACACUCUAACUUUGUUUAUAGUAUUGCUCUGCUGCCAAAUGGCAGAGACUUUGUCACAUCUAGUGAGGACAGAACUGUUCGUGUGUGGAAAGACGGCGAGUGCGUACAAACAAUAGCACAGCCUACACAGUCGGUAUGGGCUGUCUGCACACUACAGAAUGGAGAUAUUGUUGUUGGUGCAAGUGAUGGUGUUAUUCGGGUGUUUACAAACAGUCAAGAUCGAAUGGCUCCGCUUGAUGAACAACAGGCCUUCAGUGCCGAGGUUGCAGCCACAGAGAUACCUGCUCAGAUCGGAGACAUCAAGAUGGAAGACUUACCAGGACCUGAAGCUCUCAUUAACCCAGGUACGAAGGAUGGACAGACCAAGAUGGUGCGACAAGAUAACACGGUACAGCUGUAUCACUGGGAUGCAUCAGAGUCACAGUGGGCCAAGAUUGGUGAUGUGGUCGGCUCGUCUGGUGGAACACAGAAAACAUCAGGCAAAACUUUGUUUGAGGGAAAGGAAUAUGACUAUGUGUUUACUGUUGACAUCCAAGAGGGGGCCCCACCGCUGAAGUUGCCAUUCAACAUUACUGAAGAUCCUUGGUUUGCCGCACAGCAGUUUCUCGAUCGCAACCAGCUCAGUCAGAUGUAUCUUGAUCAGGUUGCCAACUUCAUCCUUGACAACACAAAGGGCGUGACACUGAGCACAGGUCAACAAGGCUAUGCUGACCCACUAACAGGGUCGAGCCGCUAUGUGCCAGGAAGUGGCAGCAGCUCCUCAGUAGGAGGCACUGACCCCUUCACGGGGGAGGGGCGGUACGUACCGGCUGGUGGUCAGACCGGUCUGCCUGCCACUCAACAACACAGCUCUGAUCCGUUUACAGGUUCAGGAAGUUACAGGCCUCCAGGAUCAGUGUCUGCACAAGCCAGCUCUUACUUCCCCGUUUCAACAUUUAUUACAUUCGACAAUGCAGACCCUGCUAAAAUUGUGGAAAAACUAAAGGAAUUCAACAAGCGAAUGGACGGUUGUUACAAAGUUGAAGAUUCCAGUAUCGACAGCUUGUCACUGCUGUUAUCAGAAGAUUCCACUACACCAGAACAGCUUGGUACUCUCAAAAGGAUUCUGUCUUGGCCUCAGGAUGUUUUCCCAGCUUUAGACAUUUUGAGGAUUAUCAUCAAACAACCUUGCGUCCUUCAAUACUUCAACAGCCAAUCCGAUUUCCUGCCUGAACUUCUGAGAUUCACAUCUCCAGAUGGACCGGUAGCCAAUCAAAUGCUUUCUCUGAGAGUUUUGGCCAACUUGUUCAGUCAGUCAGAAGGUCUGAACCUAGUCUACAGCAAUAGAUCAAAUGUUCUGAAAGCAAUCCUCAACUGCAAGAUGUCGUCAAAUAACAAGAUUCAUAUUGCCAUAGCAACAGUCUUGUUAAAUAUGGCUAUAGCUGUGCGAGCCAAGGAUGAUCUUGACGGGAAGUCUGAAUGUCUGUCAGGUGCACAGACUCUGUUACAAGUCCAUCAAGACUCGGAAGCCAUCUUCAGGACCCUGGUGUGUGUGGGAACAAUAGUGUACAACGAUGAAGAAUCCAUGGCCUUGGCUCUGUCACUCGACAUUCCCAAUCAAAUCGCAAAGUGCAAAUCUGUUCCAGAACCCAAGAAAUUAUCUGAAUGUGCAAAGCAGAUUUGUGAUAUAUUAAACUGAUAUGGACGAAUCCCAAAACAAGACUCUUAAAAUUAGUUUUCUGAUAUAUGUACAUGUUAAUGAAAUUUCAUUAAGUUAUUUAUUAAAAUGUUUUUGUGAUUAACAAUUAAUGUGCAACAAUCUUUUUUUCUUCUUUUAUAUUAAAGUGAUGUUGCUUUUAUCCAUGUGAAUACACUGAAGCAAUUAGAGGUAAAAUUUAAUCAUAUACCAAGGUAAAUGUGCUUAAAAAUAAAAUAAAACCUGAAAAAUAGAAUGUAGUAGUACCAAAUUGUUUUGUUGUGGUAUAUAUGUAAAUAUAUUAUGUAACUUCUGCUUA